AUGGUCGCGGUGCAGACGUCCCCAAGCCUGUCCCCAUCGGUGGAGUGGAUCUGUUGCCUGGAUAAAAGGCCUGCAGAGCGCUCAGGAGAGGAUGUGGAUAUUAUUUUGACCAGACUGAGAGAAGUCAAAGCCUUCCAGAGGUUCCCACCACCGCUUUUACUGCAGAUCUGUGCCUGUGCCUUCUAUGAAUGCCUGGAGAAAGGAAUCACAUUGUUUCGACAGGGAGACAUUGGCACCAGCUGGUACGCUGUUCUCUCUGGCUCCCUAGAUGUGAAAGUGUCAGAAACCGCCAACCACCAGGAUGCUGUCGCCAUCUGUACUCUGGGGAUUGGCACAGCAUUUGGGGAGUCCAUCCUGGACAACACACCACGCCAUGCUACCAUUGUCAGCAGAGAGACCAGUGAGCUGCUUCGAAUCGAACAGAGGGAGUUCAAGACCCUUUGGGAGAAGUAUCGUCAGAGCCUGGCUGGACUGUUGGCCCCUCCUUAUGGAGCUAUGGAGAGUGGAUCCAACAAUGAUAGACUCACAGACAAAGACAACAUGAACUCAGACUCUGCAAACAAAGCUCAUAACAAGAUACCCUCAGAGAAGCUGCAGAGAGCGGGAAAGGUUCUCCGCAAUGCCAUCCUGUCCAGAGCCCCGCACAUGAUUCGGGACAGGAAGUACCACCUCAAGACAUACAGACAGUGCUGUGUCGGCACAGAGCUGGUGGAUUGGCUGGUGCUGCAGAGUGCCUGUGUUCUCACACGAUCCCAUGCUGUUGGGAUGUGGCAGGCACUACUGGAAGAAGGGGUACUUAAUCAUGUGGACCAGGAGCUGGGUUUCCAGGACAAGUACCUGUUCUACCGAUUUCUUGAUGAUGAAGAGGAGGACACACCGUUACCUAGUGAGGAAGAGAAGCGGGAAAGUGAGGAAGAGCUGCCAGAGACCAUCCUCUUCCUUGUUCAGAUCGGCCCUGAUGCACUGCUGCGCAUGAUCCUUAGGAAAUCGCCUGGUCAGAGGACAGGGGAUGACCUAGAGAUCAUCUAUGAUGAGCUGCUUCACAUCAAGGCCUUAGCUCACCUCUCUAACACUGUGAAGAGGGAAUUGGCAAGUGUUGUGAUCUUCGAGUCGCACGCGAAAGCUGGAACUGUGUUGUUCAACCAAGGGGAGGAGGGCACGUCAUGGUACAUCAUCCAGAAGGGCUCUGUGAAUGUGGUUAUCUAUGGCAAGGGGGUAGUGUGUACGCUCCACGAGGGUGAUGACUUUGGGAAGUUGGCCCUGGUUACAGAUUCACCUCGUGCUGCCUCCAUCGUUCUGAGAGAGGACCACUGCCACUUCCUUCGUGUGGACAAGGAAGACUUCAACAGGAUACUCAGGGAUGUGGAAGCCAACACAGUGCGUUUGAAAGAACAUGAACAAGCUGUGCUGGUGUUAGAAAAGAGUCCUCGAGCCUCCACCCUGGGAAGCAUCAAGUACACUGUGAUAUCAGGAACUCCAGAGAAAGUUCUUGAGCACUUCCUGGAGACCAUGAGAAUGGACAUACAUCACAGUGAACCAGACCCAGCAGUGGAUGAUUUUGUCCUCAUGCACUGUGUCUUCAUGCCCAACAGCCAGCUGUGCCCUCUACUCAUGGCACACUACCAUGCGGCAUCUCCACCUGGCUCUGAACAGGAGAGGUUGGAGUACGCGCUCAACAGUAAGAGAAGAGUCCUCAUUCUGGCCCUGCGCUGGGCCAACACACACACAUACUUGCUACAGGAGGAGCCUGCUGCAAUAUCUUUCCUUGAGGAGCUGUAUGGAAGUUUAUCAAAUGAUUCCCGGAUGCUCAGAGCUCUGAAAGACUUGGUUCCUGACCUGGAGAAAGUCGUCAAACUACAUUCAGAGGAAGCCAAAGCCACAAAAAAGAAGACCCUUAUACGACAAUUCAGCGACGGAGAGGAAAGGCUACAGAAGAAACAAGCCAUCAGGAAUCAAGAUGACAUCCUGUUGAAGGUGUACUGCAUGGAUCACACGUACACAACUAUCCGAGUUGCUGUAUUGGCGACAGGAAAGGAAGUUAUCAGUGCUGUGGCCGACAAACUUGGUACCACUGACGAGCUCCUGUUGGUCCACCUCACCUGUGCAGGUGAAAAAAUAAUCCUGAAGCCUAAUGAUGUGUCAGUGUUUUCUACUCUGAGCAUCAACGGUCGAUUAUUUGUCUGUCCUCGAGACCAGCUUGGCAGCCUGACUCCUCUUCCAGACCAGGAGGGGCCCUCUACAGGCUCCAUGUCUACUUUUGAGCUGAUGAGUUCUAAGGACCUGGCUUAUCAAAUGACAAUGUUUGACUGGGAGCUCUUCAGCUGUGUACAUGAGCAUGAGCUGCUCUAUCACACUUUUGGCCGCCAGAGCUUCAGAAGAACCACAGCUAACAUGGACCUGUUCCUGCGGAGGUUCAACCAGGUUCAGCUGUGGGUGGUAACUGAGGUCUGCCUCUGUGGACAGCUGAGUAAGAGAGUCCAACUCCUCAAGAAAUUCAUCAAGAUAGCUGCACAUUGUCGGGAAUUUAAGAACCUGAAUUCAUUCUUUGCCAUCAUUAUGGGGAUGAGUAACCCUGCUGUCAGCAGACUGAGCCAGACAUGGGAGAAACUCCCCACCAAGUUUAAGAAGUUCUAUGCUGAGUUUGAGAGCAUGAUGGACCCAUCCAGAAACCACCGGGCGUACAGACUUACUGUUACCAAACUGGAACCACCAAUCAUCCCCUUUAUGCCGCUCCUUCUCAAGGAUAUGACAUUUACACAUGAAGGCAACAAGACAUUCAUUGACAAUAUGGUCAAUUUUGAGAAAAUGCGUAUUAUAGCUAACACAAUACGGCAAGUGAGGCACUGUAGAAGCCAGCCUUUCAACCCUGAAAUAUGCCAACCUAACAAGAAUCAGGCGGAGGUCCGGGGUUACGUUAGGAAGCUCUGUGUGAUUGACAACCAGAGGGCAUUGACGCAGCUCUCCUACAGGCUGGAGCCUCGGCGGACAUGA